UCACAACAGACGAAAUGUCUGGUCGCCAUCGAAGGUACUAGGCGGUGUUAGUUGAACUCAAUGAUCUGGUAACGAAACAUUUGAGGCGAUCGUUUGCUCUGUAUCGAGUCGAUCUCAAAAACAAAGAUUGCAGUAUAUACGCAGGAAGCUCUCAGCAGAGUGCUGCAUCAGACUGCUAUAGACGCGCUAGUACUGUCCAUUUAGCAAGGAAACUGUGGCAUUGCAAUAUAGACAGAGCUAGAUUUGGUCGCUUAUUUCACAAUGAUCUUCGAUAUAAUGAAGCAGCAAGAAGAGGCUAAGGCUGCGGCCCUGAAACACGUAGUUACGAUGCUCCAAAUACCUGAUCAACUUGACAAAGUAGAGCAGCACCGAAAACGAGUUCAGCGUAAAAAAGCGUCCGUAGAAGCGAUGCUCAAGACAGCGGUCCAAUCACAGUUGGAGGGGGUACGAACAGGCAUUCUGCUACUGGCAGCUGCCAGAGAUGAUGUAAACGAUAUACAGAAAAAGCUCGAUGAAGCCGAUACUAUUUACCAAGACCUCUCCAAACUGGCCGUCCAAUUACAGGACGUUCGCGAAGAGAGUUUUCGGCAUUCACAAACAGGUACCCUAAUGGAACAUCUGAAACACAUCUUCAAUGUUCCUGGAUCUAUAACUCGAACCCAGGAUCUAAUUCAGGAUGGCAACUUACUUCUCGCCCAUAAAGCGUUGUCGGAUCUCGAAUGUUCUCGUGAUGAGCUUCUUUACGAACUGCAUAAACAGGCUAAUAAUCAGGCCAGCGACCGAGCGAUGCUCAAGCAGUAUUUCGCGGAUGUGGAAAGGCUCAGUGACGAGUUAGCAAAACAGUUGUGGUUAAUUCUAAAGCGCACGCUUAAUACAGUGCGUAAAGAACCGCAGGUGAUCGUGACCGCCCUACGACUUAUCAUGCGUGAGGAAUGGGCUGAUGAAGCUGCGCUGAAGCGCCAACAAUCUACAGGAUUCUUGCCGCCAGGACGACCUAAAUUGUGGCGGAAGAAGGCAAUCGAAACGUUGGAACAAAGUGUUGCUGAAAGGCUAGAAGGGAAUCAGAUUGAAGUGCGCAGCGAAAACAACAUGUGGCUGGUGCGCCAUCUUGAGGUAACUCGUCAGCUCAUCAUCGAAGAUUUGAAGACGGUAAAGCACCACUGCACGCCAUGUUUCCCUCCGUGUUUCGAUAUCUUCAAUGAAUGGGUCCGAAUGACGCACAACUGUCUGUCACAACGUCUACAGACAAUAAUAUCGCAGGGCCUAGUGGACAGUGAAUACAUUCAUGUGCUGCAAUGGCUUAAUACCUACAACUCGAGAGAACUUAUGGGCCACCCGGAUCUUCACGUGGACGUAUCUCGCUAUGAGGCGCUUCUUCCAGACUCAACCAUUGAACGCCUAAUGGAGCGUUAUUUGGCUGGGUUGAGAACAAAGUUUGAGGAGUGGCUUCGCAAUGCUUUGUCUACCGAUCAUAAGGACUGGCAAAAGAAUGAAAUGCCCGAGCAGGACUCUAACGGAUACUAUCGCACAGAAACUCCAAUGUUAAUAUACCAGAUGAUCACUCAGCAUGUUGAAGUGGCGCGAACCGUGUCACUGGACUUGGUUUCUCGAGUCCUAAGACUUGCAAUGAACCGGAUGGAUUAUUUUCUCAGUCAGUAUAAUCAGCUUGUAACAGACUACAAAACAAAGAACUUUGAAGACCGUGUUGCAGGCAAUCUUCUCGGCCACUUCACUUCUAUAGCUGUACCGAUCACGCUCAACGACCGGGCGCUGUUAUACAGAGAGCGGUCCCUCUUUCAGUCUUACACUGCGUACAUGAUCGCCAUCGCCAAUAAUGCAGUUAACAUGGAAACGCUACUGACGAAGUUGAGUGACGGUGAGCCGCUAGGAAUGGGUCUGGCGGACAAGUUGCGCGAGCUAAAGGAUAACUCUCUCGACUAUCUAUGCGAAGAAGUGCUCACUGAUAUAAAGGUUCUUAUGCCGGAUAUUAUGACACGUAAAUGGCUCACAAGGGAAGCGCAAACAAUAGAAACGGUAACGGUAACGUUGGCGGAUUAUGGAGGCGACUAUACGGCGUUAAUUGAAUAUCAUACACUUAUCGGCAAGAUAGAAAAAGAGGUCGCCGCAAGUUAUGUAAAGGCAAUUUGCGAAAAGAGAAUGUCAUUCCGAAACUAUGAAGAACGAAGAGCUGCUGCAGAGCUGAUUCUGAGUGAUACCGAAAAGCUUAAAAAACAGUUUGCAGAUUUAUAUAAAAAAAAGCCCUUAGGGGAAGAAAAGGAAGAGGAGUCAAAAUUGGACGUUUUGAAGCUUAUGGCUGAAGUUCUCAAGAUGAAGGACAGCUCACUCCUAUCACUAGAAAUGAACGGAUUGGUUAAGAAAUUCCCCGAAGUAUCUGCUGAUGAACUGCUGUCUCUGUUGGACCUACGUGGUGACAUUUCGAGAGUCGAUGCUCGCCAGCUUAUCAUCGACCUUAAGCCGGGUGCGGCAACAGACCGAAAUAUAUUUUCCAACCUUUUGCCUCUUUAAGCGUCAUGCAUAUGUAGCAUUGUUACAAAAAUCGGCCAAUUUUUCUAAUGGAAAGUGCUAGCUAAAACUAACCUACCUAAAAUUUGAUUGAUCCGAAUAUGCAAAUUUAUCCAAUUUGAUGGAAACAAGCUGUUUUUUUGAUAAAUAACCAUCGAGUUCGAACUGCGCGACAAGCGGCAAUUACUAAAACAGACCAAAAGGAGUUUAAACCCAUGGAUUUAGUUAUUACAAUUUUGUCAUUACUUCUGUCUUUAAGUAACUGUCUUUAAGUGCGACUUUGUAUUUCGGAAGCUUUCUUUAUAGGCUAGAGGACUGUACCAGAUCUGUCAGAAGAAAAACACGAAAGCGGUGAACGAAAGAGCUACCCCUUUUUAAUACGCUCUUCUCGUUCAGUUCAUGUACCGCGACAUUAAAACAAUUUUGCUAUGUGAAAGGCUUUACGCCAAAAGAAAUUACGUCACUUGUGGUAAUUUAAUAAUAUAUGAUGUAAUCCAUAACCGUAGUAGGUCAGGUAUUCUAAUGCUGAUGUCAAGUCUAAAUAAAAGCUUUCACUGAAGUUUAAUCACUUGCUUUUUAUUGGGUAAAAGCGGGGCACAUUGGGUGAACCUUUAUUCCAACUAUGUGUAAUACAAUGGUUGAUAUCUCCUAAACUAACGAAUGCUAAGUGAAUAUAUAUCUGUGUUUAUACGAUAUGACUUUAAUACUAUAAAUCAUAAUAGGCAACGCUGUUUGCGAGCCUACAUACGCUCGGAUCUGGUUUCAUCUGUAAAAACUUUUUAUUUCGUCACUGAUCGUCCUCGCUGUAAUCGACGCAACUACAGAUUGCCGUAGUAAAAUCAGUAUAAACAAUUGUUACUACUUGAAAGGAUGCAAGCACUAUAUAGAUUAAUUUCAACCGAACUUUUGUUAGCAUAGCUGGUAUCGCUGUUCAUGUUUCAGUAAUUUCGGGCUGAAUUGAUCUUUCCUUUAUCUAUCCAAAAAAAAGAGUAAUGUCUAUCUAAAAUCUAGGCUUUCGGCUCUGCUCUGAGACAUAACAUUAUCACG